UUAUACCACAUUGCAUAAUGUUUUUAACAUUCCGCGACAAAAUUGCAAAAAGAAUAUAUAUAUAUAAGAAUUUACUGCACCAAAUAUAAGUUAAUAGCUGUAAGCAGCUUAACGAGUUAAUAUUAAACAUAAACAAUGCACGACAUUGAAGAACCUUUUAUUGGAUGUAAAGAAAUACCCAGAGCUUCUUAUCACUACAAGUUUCGCCAGUACCUCUUAGCAAUUGUUUGCAUGCUCCAGUCACUGUGUGCUGGCAGUGCAUUUUCAUUCUCUUCUGUAUUGGCAACAUCAGAAAUUUCCUUUAACACAACUCAAUAUUCAUGGAUCGCAUCAAUACCAACAUUGUCCAUUCUUCCAAUGGUUCUUACUGCUGGUUGGAUACUAAACUGGAUUGGGAGACGUUUUGCAUUGGCACUGACAAUAAUCAUCACGUUAAUAUCAUGGACAAUGUUAUUCUUUUCCCAAACGUACGAGCUCAUGUUUGUCAGUCGACUCUUAUCAGGGAUCUACACAGGUUUGGCUUAUCCAAUUAUGUUGGUUUACCUAGCCGAAAUAACCGACCCUAAAAUUCGUCCCCAAUGUUUGACAAGUGUCCCAUUUGGAUGCAAUUUGGGAAUAAUGCUGACACAAUUACUGGGCUCUUUUGUUCAUUGGAGAACACUAGCAAUGCUCGUGUGCGUAUUACCGGUAAUUAAUAUGGCAAUUUUAUUAUAUAUAAAAGACUCAUAUGUUUGGCUCUUGAACAAAAAUCGGGUUGACGAAGCAAAAAAGGCUUUUACGUGGUUCAGAGGUACUGGACAUACACAGAAAUCAGAAUUUCUGUCAAUCUUAGAUAUGGAAAUUUGCAAGAUUAGUUCAGUCAAACAAAAAAUCAAACAAUGUUUUAAGAUGUCAUUCAUCAAACCAUUUCUGCUAACGUCGUUAUUGUUUCUCACAAGUGAACUCUCUGGUGAUGGUGCUGUGAUAUUCUAUACUUCAAAUAUUAUAAAAACCAUUACCAAGAAUGCAGACGCGCAGUUUUAUUCAAAUUUAGUUUUGAAUGCUCUUAGAGUCAUAGCUACAUUUUUAAGUACCAUAUUGUUUAAUCGGUUCUCAACUAGAUCAGUGUUAAUAUUUAGUGGUUACUCUUUAGCUUUAUCAUUAGGCAAUUUUUCAUUAUUUAUGUACUUAAGUAGAGUCUACCCGGAGAAUACUCAUUAUCCAGUUGUUUGUUUAGUUUUAAUAAUAGCAAAUGUAAUGUUUUUUGGACUUGGCGUAGGCCCAGGGCCCACGGUAAUAUGUGGGGAAAUUUACCCAUCAGUUCUGAGGGAAAUUGGCGGAGCACUGAGUUCAUUUGUACUGUUUGGAACAUUGUUUGUGAUUGUCAAAGCAAUGCCGUAUCUAUUCGAACUGGUUCAUCACGAGUGUAUAUUUUUAGCAUUUGCGUUUUGCACGUUUACUGGCAUAAGUAUAAUUUAUUAUGUUUUGCCCAACACGAAAAACAAAACAUUAACGCAAUUAGAUUUAGUAUAUGCGUCUUAA